AUGAGCGCCACUGGCAUCACGGAGGAGAUCGUCGCUACGGUACUCAAGGAGAAGCUCACCACCGAGCACGUCGAGGCACACGACUUCUCGGAUGGGUGUGGCGCCAAGUUCGACCUGAUCGUCGUGACCAAGGAGUUCGAGGGUAAGCCGCUGCUUGAUCGGCACCGUCUGGUGAACGAGGCGCUCAAGGACCUCAUGCCCAAGAUCCACGCUGUCACCAUGAAGACCUGGACACCGGCUCAGUGGGAGACCAAGAAGCCUCAGGCUUGA